AUACAGAAAAAAAAACGUUAAAUAUAACUUUAUGGUCCAUAAAAAACUAAGUUACUACAACACUUCAAUGCCAUAAUCCUUUUGGCCAUAUACGAAAUUGACAAAAAGGCUUCAACAGCUAACACAAAAAAAGAAAAAAAAAGAAACGGAAGGAACUGGACAAAGGCAGCAGCAACUAAAAAAAUAAAAAUAAACAAAAAUGCCCUCAACAUUUAAAGCAAUUGAUGCUUUACCAUCAGCAACAUCAUCGGCAGCAGCAGCACUCGCCUCAUUGUCAACAACAUAUCGUUACAAUAAUAGCAUAUUGUUGCCCUCCUUAGAGGAAAGAUUACAAACACCACCCUCGGCAACAACAUUCUCAAUAUCAUCGUCAGCAGCAGCGGCAGCCGAAUCAUCAUCAGUAGCAUUCGAUACAAGUGAAAUCAAUAGCUCAACUGGUUUAACCUCUAUAUCCCAUGUAGCAUCCGUGGUAGUUUCGAAUUUCCUGCCUUUAUCAGCGACAUCCUUAUCCUCUAGUGAUGACGACUCAACGUCUGCAGAUGACACAAAAAUUUCUUCCUCUACCUCUUCAGCGACCACAGCACAAGCAGCAGCAGCAUCAUCAGCCUCAUCAUCCGCAGCAUCAGUAUCAUCAUCAUUGCCAUUAUCGUCAACAACGACUACAACAUUUUAUCCCUCAUAUAGUCCGCCAGUUGUUGAAAGUUUAGUUGCCAGCUCGGCUGAGGAGUUUAGCAAUAAUUUUCGGGAUCUAUCAUUUGAUAUUUUCGAUGACAAUGACAACGAUUUGUUUGGUUCACCAUUGGCAUUCGAUGCCAGUGAAAAUGGUCUAUGGAAUGGACGCUUUGUACCCCCACCACCACGACCGCCCUUCUUCGGUGAUGAACCGGUAUUGAGUGAUGGUUUGACAACAUGUGAUUUGUGCUCCUGGGCAAUGCCAACAAAAAGUACAUUUAUAUUUGAAGGCACAAUGGAAAAAGCUUCCGAAUUGGGCUGGCCAUUAACACUGACUAUAGUUUCCAUAUUGUCAGCAAUUCUAGGAGCCAUUAUAAUGAUAGCAGUAGUCAAGUGCAGAAGAAAAAAGACAUCACAUCAACGUAGUGACACGCAUGUGCAAUGGUGGUCACGCAAUAAACGUCCGAAUGGCAACAAUAAUCAUUUGAGAAGAAGUAAUAUAUACACGGCCCACCCAGCGGAUAGUAUAAGGGGCCUGCAACAGCCCAAUUCAUUGUCAGCCUCAUCGUCUAUGACAGCAAUGACAACAGCCAUGACUGUGGCUCCUACUGCUGCUCCCUCUACGAACACAACACAAAUGCCAUAUUAUCAUCCACAGCAACAACAACAACAUGCUCACACAAUGCCAGUAGUUCAGCAUGUUCUAGGUAACCAACAACAACAGCAGCAGCAACAGUAUUUGCAACAAUUUGAACAUGAACAUGAAUAUCAUCAACCUCAAGAGUUACAAUUGCAGCUGCAACCACAACAGCAACUACAACCAUCAAAUCAUUUUAAUCAUCCGCAUGCUCAUCAUCAUCAUCAUCAACAACAACAGCACAAUAAUAAUCUUCACCAUCAUCAUCAUCAUACUCAACAACAUUCAGCUGCAGCAGCAGCAAUAGCGGUGGGUAGUAUGUUGCAGCAUGGACCACAGCAUCAGCAUAGUGCGUCUAUGUCUUCAUCGUCUACGAAUUCAAUGCCCUCAUUGUCAACUCAGCCUUUGCAAAUGCAAAUACCAGAACAAAUACAUUUACAGUCAAGCAAUCAACCACAACAUGUCCACAUGCAACACAAACAACAACAACAACAACAGCAGCAGCAUCAUCAUCUGCAGCAACAUCAACAUCAACAGACGCAGCCAAACCCAUUGCAGCACCAGCAGCACGAACAAGAUCUAGAGUUAGAACAGUCAUCAUUAUCAUCCGAUUUACAUGACAAUAUGUUCCACUGGCCUACUGCGACAUCAAUCGUGACCAGCUGAGUCGAGGAGGCUGCAACCGAUGCAGCUACAUGACAACAAAAACACCAGCAACAACUAAAACUCCAGCCACAAUGUGAACAGCAUUAUGUUGGUCGUAGUGGUGUUGGUGGUGGUGGUGCUGGUAAUGCUGGCAAUGGUAGCGUUGUUGCUCAAACUGUGGACGUUGCUGAUGUUUUAGCACAAACAAGUGAAUUUGAAUGGACACGAGCCAAAAAUUUUAAAAGUCUAAAUAAUGACUGGAUUUGGCAGUGAAAAAUACUCGUACAAAAUAAAGGCCAUUUACCUUAAUAAUAAAAUUACUACAAAAAAAAAAACAAAAAAACACAAACAAACAAGAAAAAAAAACA